UUGUGCGGACCUCCGGCGGUUUGUAUGCAGCUGUUCACGCACCUUCACCAACAAAGCUGACCGCAGCAGGCAAAGUCGAUCUAGCAAUACGUCCUUUGCCAGAACUGCGCCCGAAGCAUCUCCAUUACCUCUAAAUUCUUGUCUACCACGCCGCUGCCACCCUCAUUCUAGCCUUGGAGGCCCUUUCUACGACAUCUCUCACGCAGAAUCGCGAGAAGAAGCAGAAGGCGACGAGAUGGGCGACUCAAAAUCUGGGGCAUCCACCACUUCCAGUGGCAAACGGAAGAGAAAUGCGGGCCCCGCAUUCUAUGCUGUCAGAGUUGGUCGCACACCAGGCAUAUACUACAGCUGGGCCGACUGCGAGCUACAGACCAAGGGCAUGAAGGCCGAAUGUAUAUUACCUCUGGUCUGUUCUCACGAAUGAUUGACUGACUGAGAUCAGACAAGAAGUUCGAUUCUCUCACCGACGCCGAAGCCUUCAUGAAGGGUACACACAAGCCAAUGCCCAAGCCUGGGAAGACGAAGUACUAUGGCGUGGCCAUCGGGCAUGUUCCUGGUGUAUACACAGACUGGCCAUCAACACAGGCACAGAUCAAAGGUUGUAGCGGCGGGCUGCAGCAAAGUUUUGCGACAAGUGAAGAAGCUCAAGCCUUCGUUGAUGAGCACAGGCGUGAUCAGAGUGUACCCAUCAGCUUGCGAGGCGACCUUUCUGAGGCCUCUUCUGCAGUCGGUCAAGGCUGCAAGGCCAGUGAACCUGUUUCGAAGAAGGCGAAGAAGAACAGCAGCUUAUCGGCGGCAGCAGUGUCCAAUGGCGAUGCUGUGUACGAGCCUGGGAUGGGUCCACUGCCAGAAGGCGCCGAAGACGGCUUCGAUCGCACUAUAAAGAUGGACCUUGAGAGUGGUGCGAUUAGACACAAGACCGAGGCGGAAUUGAGUGCUACAAAGAAGCAACCAACGGGCGAUUUCACAGGUCAAAUCGUGGUCUACACAGACGGCAGUUCACUUGGUAAUGGCCAGACUGGGGCCGUUGCCGGUGUUGGCGUGUACUUUGGCACCAACGACAAGAGAAACGUGUCAGAACCGUUGCGAGGAACGAAGCAGACAAACCAACGCGCUGAAUUGACAGCUGUCGCUCGGGCCCUCGAUCACGUUCCUAUCGAUCGAGAUGUUUUAAUCUGCACCGAUUCGUACUACGCAAUACGAUGCAUCGCUGAAUGGUCACCAAAGUGGCUUAGAAACGGAUGGAAGAAUUCGGCCGGCAAGGAUGUUGAGAACAGAGAUCUCGUGGAGCCUAUAGUUUCGCGAGUCUGCGAACGUGAGGCUUGCAAAGCGAAAACAAAGUUCCAGUGGAUUAAAGGGCACGCCAACGACCCGGGCAACGUCGCAGCUGACCAGCUGGCUGUCCAAGGAUCUAGACAGAGUACUCCUCAGCUCAGAGGCGAGAUCGAAUUCUCGACCACACUCACGAGCCCGAUCAAGACGAAGGAAGAAUGGGAGCAGAUAAAGAAACAAGAGCGAGAAGAGAAGGAAGAAGACGCGGCUUACGACAGUGCGGCUGCUGCACAAUUGAUGACCCAGACCUCGUCGCACUUCACGGCUGUCAACGCACCAGCUCAGAGUAGGCCCAUCGCGAUUGUCGCACCACCACAGACAGAUGUUGUCGCUGUGAGUGCUAACGAAUCAGCGACAGCCAGCACGUGAUGGCUACGUGGUCACUUUUCUGUGAUUGAACCCGUCCUGCUACUACCUAGCUGUGUACUACCAUAUCUGUUGCACAAUUCGGCAUCGUUCAGUUUACAUCGAACUAACCAACUUUGUUGUUGGAAAAGUGGGAACACAGACGCGACCAAUCGCGUUGUAAGAUGAUGCGCAUGACAUAGCUAGGAGGUCUUCGGCUCAUCCUGAGCUACUUGUUUCUUGUGGUGAAGAUGGUAUAGCUAGGAUUUUCGGCUCAUCUCAAGCUACUUGUUACUUUAGGUGAAAUACAGUAUAACAUUUCACGCGCUUGACA